AUGGUAGUUUCUUCGCCCUGGGGUCACGAUGCCGACUCCGGUACACCACCUGUACGAGAAUCCUUCGACUGGGAGGAGAAUCCGGAGAUCAAGGCCGAGACGGGCGCUGUCGACCACGGCGAUGAUCCCAAUGCUGGCGUCAAGGACAAGCAGCUGAGGCUAGUAGUCACUGGGUGCUACUCGCUCCGCGGCCGCCGCGAACAAGACCCCGAGGACAUUGCCGACAGCAGGGCCUUGGAGGGCGACGCAGGGGACAGUCAGCAAUCGGCGGGUAGCGAACUGGCAUCGAACGGCGACCCCAGUGACGCCCGCAAGAACGAAGCACCUGCUGUCGAGGCGAAGCAGAAUGGUGCAGAACGGAGCCAUUGUUUUGCUAUCAAAAGUACCCUUGUUGCACACAUCAGAACACACACUGGGGAGAGACCUUAUGAGUGUGACGUCUGCAAGCAGCGUUUUUCUAAAUCAAGUAACCUUGUCGUACACAUGAGGAUACACACUGGGGAGAGACCUUACCAGUGCGACAUAUGCGAGCAGGGGUUUGCUAUCAAAUGUAACCUUGUAGUACACAUGAGGACACACACUGGUGAGAGACCGUACAAUUGUGACUUCUGUAACCAGCGUUUUGUUCAAAAAGGUACCCUCAUUAAACACAUCAGGACUCACACUGGGGAGAGACCCUAUCAGUGUGAAUCCUGCAAGCAACGUUUCACACGAAAAUCUUACCUUUUUAAGCACCUAAAAACACACUCUUGGGAAAAGGCAAUCUUUUGCUGUUCCCGGCGCCGCUUUUUCUUCUACUCGCAGUUCCUCCUCUUUGUGCUAACAGCGUCCCUCAGCUCUUCAUACGCAUGUCGGUGGCGGUGUGGUCCCUCAGUGCUGGUCGCCCAUCCGAACUCUAACGCGGUGCUUUUCCUGUCGAUAGGUGCUGGGCCCGGUACUACACUGCCAGGACGAGAGGCCGUCGACUGGGAGGAGAAUCCGGAGAUCAAGGCCGAGACGGGCGCGGACGACCACGGCGAUGAUCCCAACGCUGGUGUCAAGGACGAGCAGCUGAGGCUAGUGGUCACUGGGUGCUACUCGCUCCGCGGCCGCCGCGAGGAACACCCCGAGGACAUCGCCGACAGCAAGGCCUUGGUGGGCCUCGCAGGGGACAGUCAGCAAUUGGCGGGUAGCGAACUGGCAUCGAACGGCGACGCCAGUGACGACCGCAAGAACGAAGCACCUGCUGUCGAGGCGAAGCAGAAUGGUGCAGAACGGAGCGGACACACUGUUGAAAAACCGUACCAAUGCGACAUCUGCAAGCAUUGUUUUGCUAUCAAAAGUACCCUUGUUGCACACAUCAGAACACACACUGGGGAGAGACCUUAUGAGUGUGACGUCUGCAAGCAGCGGUUUUCUUAUUCAAGUGACCUUGUCCGACACAUCAGGAUACACACUGGCGAGAGAACUGACCAGUGCGACAUCUGCAAUCAUAGUUUUUCCAUUAAAAGUACUCUUGUCAAACACAUCAGGACACACACUGGGGAGAGACCUUUCCAGUGCGACAUCUGCAAGCAACCUUUUGCUACCAAAGGUACUCUUGUCGCACACAUCAGGACACACACUGGGGAGAGACCUUACCAGUGCGACAUUUGCAAGCAUCGGUUUGCUUUAGAACAUACUCUUGUCGCACACACCAGGACACACACUGGGGAGAGACCCUAUCAGUGUGAAUCCUGCAAGAAACGAUUUACACAAAAAUCUCACCUUGUUAGACACCUAAAAACACCCUCUUGCGAAAAGGCAGAUGCCGAGCUCAGUACACCGCCUGCACGAGAAUCCUUCGACUGGGAAGAGAAUCCGGAGAUCAAGGCCGAGACGUGCGCGGUCGACCACGGCGAUGAUCCCAAUGCUGGUGCUAAGGACGAGCAGCUGAGGCUAGUGGUCACAGGGUGCUACUCGCUCGGCAGCCGCCGCGAGCAAGACCCCGAGGACAUCGCCGACAGCAAGGCCUUGGAGGGCGACGCAGGGGACAAUCAGCAAUUGGCGGGUAGCGAACUGGCAUCGAACAGCGACGCCAGUGACGCCCGCAAGAACGAAGCACCUGCUGCCGAGGCGAAGCAGAAUGGUGCAGAACGGAGCGAACAUACUGUUGAAAAACCGUACCAAUGCGACAUAUGCAAGCAUUGUUUUGCUUACAAAAGUGACCUGCUUGUACACAUCAGGACACACACUGGGGAGAGACCUUAUGAGUGUGACUUCUGCAAGCAGCGUUUUUCUAAAUCAAGUACUCUCGUCCGACACAUCAGGAUACACACUGGGGAGAGACCUUACCAGUGCGACAUAUGCGAGCAUGGUUUUGCUGCCAAAUGUAACCUUGUCACACACAUGAGGACACACACUGGGGAGCGACCUUUUAAGUGUGACGAUUGCAAUAUGCGUUUUGUUGAAAAAAGUACCCUUGUGAGACACAUCAGGACACACACUGGGGAGAAACCCUAUCAGUGUGAAUCCUGCAAGCAAUGUUUUGCACGAAAAUCUCUCCUUGUUAAACACCUCAAAACACACUCUUGCGAAAAGGCAUACGUGCUUCAGUCCUUCACGCGCAUGUCGGUGCUGGUGUGGUCCCUUAGUGCUGGUCGCCUAUCUGACAGCUCUAACGCGGCACUUUUCCUGUUGACAGAUGCCGAGCUCAGUACACCGCCUGUACGAGAAUCCCUCGACUGGGAAGAGAAUCCGGAGAUCAAGGCCGAGACGUGCGCUGUCGACCACGGCGAUGAUCCCAAUGCUAGUGUCAAGGACGAGCAGCUGAGGCUAGUGGUCACUGGGUGCUACUCGCUCCGCAGCCGCCGCGAGCAAGACCCCGACGACAUCACGGACACGGACAGCAAGGCCUCGGAGGGCGACGCAGGGGACGGUCAGCAAGUGGUGGGUAGCGAACUGGCAUCGAACGGCGACGCCAGUGACGCCCGCAAGAACGAAGCCGAGGCGAAGCAGGAUAGAGCAGGUCGGAUCGAACACACUGUUCAUAAACCCUAUCAGUGUGACUUCUGCACAAGUCGUUUUAUCCAAAAAUGUCACCUAGUCGAUCACAUCAGGAAACACACUGGGGAGAGACCUUUCCAGUGCGACAUCUGCAAUCAUAGUUUUGCUAUCAAAAGUUCCCUCAUUAAACACACCAGGACACACACUGGGGAGAGACCUUUCCAGUGCGACAUUUGCAAUCAUAGUUUUGCUAUCAAAAGUACCCUCAUUAAACACAUCAGGACACACACUGGGGAGAGACCGUACCAGUGCGACAUCUGCAAGCAACGUUUUGCUACCAAAGGUACUCUUGUCGCACACAUCAGGACACACUCUGGGGAGAGACCGUACAAUUGUGACUUGUGUAAGCAGCGUUUUGUUGAAAAAGGUACCCUCAUUAAACACAUCAGGACUCACACUGGGGAGAGACCCUAUCAGUGUGAAUCUUGCAAGCAACGUUUUACACGAAAAUCUCACCUUGUUAAACACCAAAAAACACACUUCUGUUAAAAGGCAUAGUAUUGCAGCCGAUGAGAAAAACGUACUCAACCGUAGUUAAAAUCUAUGCCGUUGCUCUAUUGACAAGUUAACUUACGUCUGAGUCAUUGUAGUGAAAAUAAUAUGUUUUCUUCAGUCGUCAUUAGUAAAAGAUAAGACGGAUCUCAAUAUGUGAACCUUUGUCUAUUGUAACUCUCUAUUUUUAACAAGUCUUCACAUAGUCUAUUUUGCUUGAUUGUUUGUCCUAAUGCGGACAUGUGUCGCAAAACUUGAACAUUUUUGUCAAUUCAA